AUGCAAAUAACACCUAAAGCAUUAACCGCUUUACAGAAACUAUUAUCUGUUAAUUCACCAAUUAAGCCACAUGAAAUGCGCAAUCAAGAGCACUCAGAUUCUAAAAGCAAUUAGAAAUCUCAGCAAUGCAUGAGCAAUGCUUAAAAAGAUGUCAUCAACAAUAGGCUAAAAUAAAAAAUUCCUAGUCCAUCAAAAGGAAUUGAGUCUCUUUUAAGACAUAGUAUAAAUAAAGCCUCAUUAAAUGCUAAACCUUAAGGGAAUGUGAAAAAUGAUUUAAUUCAUGUUUUAAAACAAAAUCAAAAUGUAAAAGAAAAUACCAUAAAAAGAAAUGGAAAUUCAUUAAAUUAGCUGCUUUAACCUUAAAUAAAUGUAGCUUAAAAGGAGUAAAGUGCAUAAGUUGAUUAUAAAAAGAAAAGACCUCCUCAAUUAGGUGAUUUUAUAUAAGAAGAUGAUUAUGCUAAAGAAAAACAUGUUAUGACAUCAAAAAGUCUUUAAAAGAGUCCCAAUUAUAUGAGUAAAAUUGCAUCAGGCUUUUUUACAAGUACUCAUUCUAAACAGACUCAUAUGAAUUCCUAAGAUAAUAUAUACAAUAAAAAAGCCAUAAAAAAUAAUGGUACUGCUCGAAAUCAAGAUGAAAAACAUGUAAAAAAAGUUAAAGAUAAUAAAGUACAUUCUGCUGAAAACAAAAGAAUGUCACUUUCAAAAUAACAUAAUUAAAAUCUUCUCUAAGAAUUAUAUUUAAAAACCUCUAAAAUCUUGAACUCUUAUUAAACAAAAGAAGCACUUUGGAAAUAAGAAAAGAAUAGUUUAAAAGAGGAAGUUAAAUUUUUAAAAUAGUUAUUAUAAUAAUAACAAGAAGAAUCUAAUUAAAAAUAUCAAAAAUGA